ACGUUGGUGGGUGCGCGAGUGGAUCCUACGCAGACCUCGUUUCGGCCAGUAUGAGACGCUCAUGAGGGAACUCGAGGCCGAGCACGCUGCCGACUUCAAAUCCUACCUCCGCAUGGUGCCACAGAUGUUCUAUGAGUUGCUUGACCGAGUUGGCCCCCGCAUUGCCAAGACCACAACGCAUCGAACCCCCUUGGAUCCUGGGCUGAAGCUGGCGAUCACCUUGAGGUUCUUGGCGACCGGAAGCAGCUAUCAUGAUCUGGCGUUCGCGUUUCGUGUCCCACACAACACCAUCUCUCUGUUCGUCCCCGAGGUCUGUCAGACCAUCUACGACGAAUACGAGGACGAGAUGUGGGCCACUCCCCAGACAGAAGAUGAGUGGCGCCCGGUAGCCGAGGGAUUCGGAGACAGAUGGAACUUUCCCCACUGUUGUGGCGCGAUCGAUGGGAAACAUGUCGCCAUCAAGAAGCCCCCAAGAGCGGCUCACUUUACUACAACUACAAAGGCUUCUUUUCCAUCGUCAUGCUUGCAGUGGUAAACUCUCACUACAAGUUCAUCUGGGCGGAUGUGGGGUCACCAGGGUCGUAUUCCGACGCCGGCAUCUUUAACCGGUCGCGACUGGAGCCAGGUCUGCGUGAGGGAACGAUCGGACUACCCCAGCCGGAUCCCCUACCAAAUGACGACCAGGACACACCCUACUACAUGGUCC